GAAGCCCUGGUUGUUAAGAGAAUGAUCUCCCUAGUAAGAGGACCUUAGAGAGCUCAGGAGAACCUCAUCAACCUUUUGUCCUCACAAGUCCUGUCCUUGGCCUUUUCCAUGGCCCUCCUUGGUUUCAAGGCUUCUAAUGACCUCUACCCCUUUUUAUUAUUGUUCUUAUUGUUAUUUUAGUACAGAGAAUUGAACCCAGGGGUGCUGCUUAACCAGUGAACCACAUCCCCAGCCCUUUUUAGUACCCAGCAAUCUGCUCUCGCCACUGGAAUGGUUCCAAGAACUGGCAAGUCUUCCAAACCACCCAGAGACUCUGGGAUCCCUGGACACAGGACAUUCUGGAACCACUUUCCCAGACUAUCCACUUCCAGCCCACUGUAGAGAGAAGGCCCCUCAAAAUAGAGAUGCGGUCAGAGCUAGGGCUAGAGGCCUAUGUUUACCCUGUGAACCCCCCACCUCCCAGCCCAGAGGCUCUGAGCCAUAAGAACAGUGAGACAGGUUCUGUCAUAUAUUGUCUGUCAACAAUAACAUCUUUAUUUUGAGACAGGUUCUCAUUAAGUUGCUUAAGGGCCUCACUAAGUUGCUGAAGCUGGCUUGAAACUUGUGAUAAUAUAAUCAAUCCUGCCUCAGCCUCCCAAGCUGCUUGCUUUAUGGCAUGCACUGUGCCUGGCCAAUCCUAUUUUCUUAAGUGUCCAGAGAAGCUCUCAAAUCUGGCCCCAGACCCCCAGAUAGCCCUUCACUAGAGAGAUUCCUUAUCUCCAUGGCCCUAGCUCCUCAGAAGUCCAGUUCUUGCCAGGCCAGGUUUAGGCCUCAGCCCCAGGGGAGACACAGUUCCUUCUUAUACCCUGAUUUUCUUGUGCAAGGAUGACUAAGAGGAAGGGUCUCUAGUCCCUCGUAUUUCUCCAGGAAGAACCUGAUGCUCCUGUACCCUCCAUUAGUCUUGGAUCAGAAGAUUAAAUAUUAUAGAUGCUCUCAAGAGGUACUUCACCAUAACAUCACAAUCCUUUCCACGUUGCAUGAGGCUCUGAGAGACUGAGUGACUUAAUCAUGGUCACAUAGGCACCAAGUUCAAUUUCAUGGCCUCAGACACUCCAUUCCCCUUCUCUUGCAAGUAGAUAGAUUCCCACUGCCACUGUGUCAGCUUACCCAAAUCUCCCACCUGCCUCAAUUUACCAUGUGACCUCAUCAGAAUAUUCCACUCACUGGGCAGCAAGGAAACCAAGGCAUGGCUCUACUCCUAGAAUGUUAGAGUCACAGGCACAUGCACACACAUAGCUUGGGAACACUCUGCUAAAGUGUUGCUAGAAGGAUUCCUGGAUGUGAGUAGAUCUGUGGAUCACCCUAUCUCUCUGUACAUUUACAUUCAUUUACAUUCAACCAAUAUUAUUGAUCAUUUCAGGCUGCUUCCUUUCAGUGGGUACAUACUAAGCAUCUACCAUGUGUUUGGAGGCCUUUUUGGAAAUGCUCAUCAGCCUUUCCUCCAUUUCUGCUGCAUAGUUGACAGUGGGACCAAAGGACUUGCCACCUUCAGGGUACCAUUUUUACAGACUGCAAUGUUGAGCCUAGUUUCCAUGGAGGACUCCAUUCAUCACAUCAACAAUAACAUCUAUGUUGUGUUUUGGUCGUUUCUUUAAGGUGGGAGUUAACCAGUUUUUCAACUUAGAGUGGGGAUGGAUCAAUAAGAGGAUAGUUGGUUUGGAAGGAGAGAAACUAUAGUUGGAGUCUCUGGCAGGGGGCAGCAACCUCAGUAAGAUGGAAAUCCAUCUGACUCUGAAGUGAAGAAGCCAAAGGGCUCAGGGACCACUAAUGUCCAGGGCUGCAAACCCUGGCCAGGAAGGGUUGGGAUGUGUGCUACAGGGAUUGUGACAGGGAAAUGGUCAGCAUAGGGAGGAACUGUUACAGCAGGGUGAACCCAGAGGGGACACUUGUUGUCACUCAUCCAGUCAGUCUACCCCAGCUGCUGGCCCCAAAGUAGCAUGGGGUAGGGCAUACCAACAGGCUACACAUGUUACCAUUAUAUCUCAAAUGACCAGAAACUGAGGGAAUUACACAUAAUUCAACCUCUGUGGAGACUAUCUUAUGACUGUAGCUACCUAUUUUCAGAUCAGGAAUGAGGUGUGUGGUUAAGCAGGCCUCAUGGAGACAGAAGGAUAGACUAACCUCAGGGGCAUCUGGGGACCAAAUAUCAAGUAGGAGCCUAGGAUAGUGAAGAGCCAGCAGAGUGAAUAAGACUACCACCUCUACAUUGUGACUCAUUCCUAACUUGCCUCAUUAUGACCUGGCUCCCUUUUCAGCUGGUAGAUAUCUCCAGGUACUGGCAUGAAUGCAGUGUGGGUCGGGGCCAGGUGGGGGGGGGUGGUGGCCCAAGUGGCCCUAGGACCCCCCCACCAUGGAAAACCAGCUCUGGAGUGAAACCCUGGGGUGCUGUAAUCAACAUCAAGAAAGCCCCCAGGAUGCUGAAGACAUCCUAUUCCUGCUGGUGGGACUUAUCAUUCUUGUCAACAUUGGCAUCAACGUGGCAACUGUGAUGUGGCAUGAGUUCCAGAAUGCCUUAGACAAGAUUUUCUAUUGGAUUAAGCAGAAAAAUGAAGUCCAGCCUUUUGAAUGUUCCCUCAAACAUUUCCCAGCCAAGGCCCAAGACAUCCACAUCCACUGCGUCCUGGACCCUGUACAGGUGAAAAUGACCCAACCCACAGGCUACUCCUCUUCCUCCUCUCGGUAUCUCCACAACCACCGGGGCCGCCACCAACCACACCACCAGUACCAACCACGCCGCCGCCAGUACCAACAACGCCGCCAAUGCCGCCAACGUAACCGCCCCAGCCAACAGCAGAGGCCUUGGAACCACAGAAAAUUCUCCCAUGGUCGCCCAGUCUUUCAUAACCAAACUCACAACUGCAAGAUGUCACAGCUGCAGUCGAUACCCUUUUAUGAUAUGGAGGACAGGGACUCCUGCCUGGAUGAGGAGGAUCUGUCCUUCCCACAUCCCCAGAACCCAGGCUGGGUUCAGCGGAUGGGACUGCCCUCCAACAUGGGGUUAUGGGGCCGCAAAGGUGGGAUCCUGGCCAGCUUGCCACCACCCUCUAUCUAUCUGUCACCAGAACUGCGCCUCUUACCCAAGCGUGUAGAGGCCAAGUCAGAGCUGAGGUUACAGUCCUCUGCACCCCAUUGUUCACAAUCCCGAAUUUGGGGCAACAUGGAGCCUGAGCAAUGGACCUCAUCUCCACUACCUCCCCGCCGGCUGCCCCCUAACCCUUCCUGGGUCCCUGGGGGGCAUAGCCCUUACUCUUCAGGAGGCCAGACACUGUAUGAUGCUUGGGAUCAGCGGCGGCGUGGUGUAGAGGGCUGUGAACCCCCAACUACCUUGGUGUCCCGGAACCCCCGGCAGGAGGCCCAGGGCUAUCGGGAACACUAUUCGCCCCCAUCCCACAGAAGGAAUCUCCCUGGUCAUGCUCACAGCCAGCCCAACCGCAGCCCAUACCCAUCCACAGGACAUUUGGGUUAUAACCCCCGGGAUUCUCAUGAGGUGCGACGCAGGGCUGCUGACUGGGCUGAGGCUAUGCCUCCUCGGCAUCCUCUGACCACUUCCACCUCCCUCACCAUGUUGGGUGAAGCUUCAUAUCAACGGGUCCCAGCUGCUAGCUCAGCCCUGCUCCCUCAUUGCUCCCAGCCCCUGCCUGAAGUCCAGGCUGUUGAUCCUGCCCCAGUCCCAGCUACCUUUGUCCCACUCAGUAGGAAUCCAGGUGGCAAUGCCAACUACCAGGUGUAUGACAGCCUGGAGCUAAAGCGGCAAGUGCAGGAGAACAGAGUACGGGCCAACUCACUGCCACCACCUUCCACCUCAACCUCAAGGCCCUCUCUACACAGGAGCCGGCCUGGGAAACUUAACUGACCCGCAGGAGAAUGUGGGUGGCUGGGCAGGUCAUGGAGAGAGGAAUAAAGAGAAACCGAGUCCAGGAAA